CUCCCCCCCAAGCCCAACCUAACUAUAAUAUCUCAACCACCUCUUUUUCUUCACUUUCAGUUUUAAAUUCUCUCUUGUGCACGACCACAUGGCAGAUGUCGAAGAACCCAAGAAGCUUGAAUCCGAAACCCCCUCCGACCCUCCGCCGCCACCCACCGAAGCCGCCGUGGAAGAAUCCGAGACUCCACCUCCUCCUACUGAAGAAAAGCCCGCCGACUCUACGGAAAAGCCUCCCGAACCCAUCGAAAAGGCGGCAGAGGCGGCAGAGGCGACGGAGAAGAAAAGCACGGAGGUGUCUGUUGAUCGAGAUGCUGUGCUUGCUAGAGUUGCGACUGAGAAGCGAAUUUCACUAAUCAACGCUUGGGAAGAAAGUGAAAAAAGCAAAGCCGAGAACAAAGCACAGAAGAAGCUUUCUUCUAUUGCGGCUUGGGAGAAUACCAAGAAAGCAGCUAUAGAGGCUGAGCUAAAAAGGAUUGAGGAAAAGUUAGAAAAGCAGAAGGCCGAGUAUGUGGAAAAAAUGAAAAACAAGGCAGCCUUAAUCCACAAGGAAGCAGAAGAGAAGAAGGCAAUCGUUGAAGCCAAGCGAGGGGAGGAUCUUCUCAAAGCGGAGGAGUUGGCGGCAAAGUACCGUGCCACCGGAACUACUCCGAACAAGACCCUUGGUUGUUUUUGAGGAUGAAAUCAUUAGAAAAUGGGGUCAUUUUCUUCACUUAGAGUUCAUUUUGUUCAUUUUAAAAUAUGUUUGUUUGAGUUUUAAUAUGGUGAAAGCAUUAACCAUUGUUCUGUGUGUAAUUGUGUAUAUAAUACCAUUAAGUAAAAAAUUGGUUGAUGUAAUAAUGUUGACUCAUGAAGGUAAUAGACUGAAGUGGUCAAUCUUAGAACGUUAUAUAAGUUUUAUAUAUUGGUCUUCAAUACAUAGCUUAACAAGUAUUAUUAUUGUUAUAUAAA